GAAGUAAGGAGAAACCGAGAGAGAUAGCAAAGACGUGGGGAGAGAGAGGCUUGGGAGUUGGAGUGUUCAGCAGCGGGAAAGAGAGAGGGGAGGGGAAAAGUUGGACGCGGACAACGCUGCAGUAACUUUUUCUUCUUUCCUUUCUCCGUGGAAGAAGCCUCAAGAAAGAAAAAGUCAGGAGGGGGGGGGACACAAAAAAAAAAAAAAAAAAAAAAGCCACACUGGAUUACAUUUGAAUUGCAUUUGCAUCGCAACACAAGACUUCCAAUCUGGUCCCCGGAUUUAUACACGCAUUCAUUUACGGAUUAAUGAGGUCGCAAAUUUGUGGAUCUAUCAGUAGCUGAAGCAACACUUAAGACCCUGGGAAAAUUAGGCUGCAUCCCAGUCCACUUUAAGUUUACCUACACCCUCUGCGGAGAAAAGACCUUCUCUCAAGGAUUCAGUCAGGAUCACAACCUGACAGACAGAUCAGAAGAUCAUUUUCACAGCCCAGCUCCAAAGCUACUUUUGACUUUGGUGUCUGAGGUGAGGUGAGGUGAGGUGAGGUGCUGUCAGAGGAGUGACACCAUGUGGCUUCUCUGCUGCUCUCUGACUCUGUUGGCCCUCAGCUUUGGAUCAUGUGACACGCUGACAUCAGAGCAAGAUGUUUUGUGCCCAUUCUUACAAGUGGAUGAAUGGAAGUUUCCUCAGACGACCAGGCACAAUAUCACUGGUUUUAAUCUGGUGAGGCGAUUCUCCCUGCUCAAGAGUCCAGAUGUCAAGAAGAUCCGCAACCCCAGAGGACCCGUCAUCCUCCGCCUGGGCAAGACCGCACUCCUACGCCCCACAGAUCAGGUGUUUCCUCAUGGCAUACCCGAUGAGUUCACCCUGAUCUUCACCCUGGCGUUAAAGAAAGCUGCCCUGAGAGACACCAUCUACCUCUUCCAGAUAUCUGAUCAGCAGGGAUACCCACAGCUUUCUGUAGACUUCAAUGGCCCCGAUGGUACCCUGUCUCUGCGUGCCAGGGGCGUAGACCCCACAGCUGACCAGGUGAGCUGUGUCUUCGCUGGUGAGGGGGUGGAGGCUCUGAUGGACUUGCGCUGGCACAAGGUGGCCCUCAGCGUGCAGCACGAAGCUGCUUCUCUCCAUGUGGACUGCAGCUCCAUUGAGACCAAACCCCUGGAGCCCCGUGGAGAUGUGCCAACUGAUGGACACACUCUGCUGGGUAUUAAGGCUUCAGAUGCUAGGCCUGUGCAGAUGGACAUUCAGCAGUUGAUGCUGUAUUGUGACCCCUCCCUCGCCAUUCAGGAGGCCUGCUGUGAGAUACCUGGGGCACGGUGCCCACCAGAUGCACCCAAGAGCCGCCGUGCUGCUGAAAAUGACCUGUUGGAAAACUCUUUUAACCAGGAGAUUUUUGCAUCCAAAGAUCUUGCAGACAAAUGUGGUGGUUGUUUACUCCUGAAUAGGGAAGAAAAUGUUGUAAAUCUUGGUGGAAUUUCCGGGUUGAAAGGGGAAAAAGGUGACCCGGGUGACGGCUGCUCUGGCUCCCAUUCAGGUCCAUGCACACAGGGACCCAAGGGCCAGAAGGGAGAGAGAGGCGAGCCAGGGCAGCCUGCCAACUGGGGCGAAGCAGUUGGGUACAAGGGAGAAAAAGGUCAGAAGGGAGAUCCUGGACCACAGGGUCUCACAGGCACUCCAGGGAAGGACGGUCAAGCAGGGUCCAUCUGCGUAGUUGGCCCCAAGGGACAGAAGGGUACCCCAGGUUCGGUGGGUCCUGAAGGGUUGGCUGGGGAGCCAGGUAAGCCUGGACCACCAGGCCCCCCGGGACUUGGAAAGCCAGGCCUACCAGGUCCUCCUGGUGAACCGGGUGGUGCAAAAGGAGAAAAGGGAGAUUCAGGACCUGCGGGAGAAGAUGGAAUACCAGGAGAUCCAGGACCAAGAGGACCAGCAGGGCUUAAAGGAGAGAAGGGUGACCCAUGUGAAGUGUGCCCUGUGCUGCCUGCAGACGUAGGUAACACAGUGGCUCUGCAAGGAAAACCAGGUCUUAAAGGAGAGCCUGGAUUACCAGGAAUAGGAGAGAGAGGACUGCCUGGGCCUCGAGGUGCAGACGGCAAGGCAGGACAGAAGGGAGAAUCAGGAUCAGAUGGCACCAAAGGAGAAAAGGGAGAGCCAUGUUCUGUGUGCCCCACUCUUGGGGAGUUACCCGCUAACUUCGUCCCCAGUGUCAUGACCCAGACCCUGCAGCAGAAGGGUGAGAAGGGAGAGCCUGGGAUUGGACAGAAAGGAGAGCAAGGGGAGCCAGGAAAUGUUGGAUUACCCGGCCUUCGAGGAGAGAAGGGUAGUGUAGGCAGCAGAGGAGCUGAUGGUAAACUGGGAAAACCUGGACCGAGGGGACCCAGUGGCAAGGAUGGUCAAAAAGGAUCAAAGGGAGAGCAAGGACUGCCUGGUUUUGGUCUUCCAGGCCUUAAGGGUGAAAAGGGUGAGUGUGGUUUGUGCCAGCCGGCUGAGGUUGGUAGUGGACCUGCGGGCAUCAAAAUGCCUGAGGGAACAAGAGGCAAGCCUGGCGAACCAGGCCCUCCAGGUCCACCCGGACCACCAGGUCUUGGAGCAGAAGGCAAACAGGGCCCACAAGGCAUUGCCGGUGCACCUGGAGAAAAGGGUGAACAAGGAGAGCAGGGAGAUAAGGGAAUGGACGGACUUCCUGGAGCCCCAGGACUGCCUGGAGAGCCUGGUCGAGAUGGAUUUAGAGGCUUGAAGGGAGAGAAGGGUGAUGCUUGUACCAGCUGUCCUUCUUCAAACUCUGCAGUGGGGGAUGCUGUAGUCGUCCCAGGCCCCAAAGGAGAGAGGGGAGAACCUGGUCCUGCAGGAGAAGGGAAACCUGGCAAAAAUGGAAAACCAGGCUUACCAGGUGUGCAGGGGCCCACUGGUCCCAAAGGAAGCAAGGGAGAAGCUGGAGUUACGGGAGUCGGCCUUCCAGGUCCACAAGGUGAGGAGGGGCCAAGAGGACUCCCAGGACUUGUUGGACCUCCUGGUGCCAGAGGACUUGUUGGACCUGCUGGCCCUGCAGGGGAAAAGGGCUCCAAAGGAGAAGCUGGGCCUGCAGGACCACUGGGACCUGUGGGCCCUGGAGUUGCAGGGCCCCCAGGCAGAGAUGGAGUGCCGGGCUCUCAAGGAAUGCCAGGAGCUGAUGGUAGACCUGGACUUGAUGGAGCUAAGGGGGACAAGGGUGAUCCUGGAGAGUGCAACUGUAUAACCCCAGUGCACAUGGGCAUAGGCGGACCUGGAGCUCCAGGAACUCCAGUAAACACAUGGCAGCCCGGCCCUCAGGGCCCCCCAGGACCUCCUGGGCCCCCUGGCCCACCUGGGCCUCAGGGUGUUACUGGAAUCCAAGGACCACAGGGUAUCCCUGGAAACGACGGGCUACCGGGGAACCCGGGUUUGCCUGGAUACAUCAACCCCACUGGACCACAUCAGCUGCCUCAAGACUCUGCUGCAGGAGAUGGCGAUGGGGGCUGUGGUGAGAGCUGUUCCCAAGGGUUGCCGGGGGUGCCAGGCAUGGUUGGUGCCAAGGGAGAAAAAGGAGACAUGGGCAAGCCUGGUGUAACCCCCUUGGACAGCUGUGACAGGUGUUUGGAGAGACUGCAGAGAGAGCAGGCAACACAACCAGUGGAUGGACUAUGCACAGGAACACCUGGAGUUCCAGGAAUGCCUGGAUCCCCAGGAGAGAGGGGAGAGCCAGGUACACCAGGAGAGAGAGGACCUUCUGGAAUACCAGGACACAUGGGACCACCAGGCUUCCCAGGUCCUCAGGGCCCACCAGGUUUACCUGGUCAGCAGGGUGAACGAGGGUCACAAGGCCUCCCAGGAAUGAAGGGCGAGCAGGGCCCUCCAGGGACAAACGGGUAUCCGGGAACCAUGGGACCGCCUGGACUGCCUGGACUGAAGGGUGAACGUGGGACCCCCGGAAACAGUGGUCAGAAGGGAGAAUCUGGUCCUCCUGGUAACCCCGGCUACCAAGGACAGCCUGGCUCAGCGGGCAUUAAAGGAGACACAGGGCCAUCAGGGGCUGCUGGUGCCAAAGGAGAUCAGGGUUUCCCUGGAUCUCCAGGUUUCCCAGGACCACCAGGUCCACCAGGUAUCGCUGGUAAAAGUGGAAGGGAAGGAUCCCCGGGGCUCAAAGGUGAAAAAGGUAAUGAUGGUGCUCAAGGAUCUCAGGGACCAACUGGACCCCCAGGCUCACCAGGCUCUCCAGGACUGAUGGGCCCCCCUGGUAUUGAAGGAUUGGAUGGAAAAGAUGGGAAACCUGGACUGCGGGGAGAAGCAGGCCCUCCAGGCCCAGCAGGACCACGAGGAAUCCCAGGAUUCAAAGGGAAAACUGGCCAUGCUGGCUUUCCCGGACAGAAGGGUGAAGCUGGACCUUCAGGUCCACCUGGUUCAGCAGGCAGACCGGGACAUGAUGGUGAUCCAGGUACCCCAGGAGCCCAGGGACGACCUGGCCCACCUGGCCACAUUGGUCCUACAGGCCCAGCUGGACCACCAGGACCUGCUGGUUCACCAGGGGUGGGUAUAAAAGGAGAUAAGGGCCAAGCUGGUGAGAGGGGUCUUCCAGGGAUGGGAGGAGCCCCAGGACCACCUGGGCACCCAGGGCCCAUGGGAGAGCCAGGCAGUGACGGUACUGCUGGUAAAGAUGGGGUGGCAGGCCUCCCAGGGGACAUCGGGCAGCCAGGUCAAAAAGGAGAGGUAGGGGCCCCAGGCCAGAGGGGCCCUCCAGGAGAGAGAGGUAGACCGGGGCCCCCUGGUGGUUCAGGUUACCACUCCAAGGAUGCACAGCCGAUGAUUGGCCCAGUUGGACCCAGAGGGGAAAGGGGAAGUCCAGGCCCAGAGGGCCCUACAGGACUCCCUGGAACACCAGGAUCACCAGGAAAUGAUGCUGUAGUUAAUUAUGAUGAAAUCAGGAACUUCAUCCGCCAGCAGGUCAUCAAGAUUUUUGAUGAGAGGAUGGCCUACUACAUGUCUCGCAUGCAGAUGCCAGUAGAGAUGGUGGCAUCCCCAGGUCGGCCUGGGCCCCCAGGGAAAGAUGGCUCACCAGGUACUCCCGGGGCCCCAGGUGCACCUGGACUCCCAGGUCAGAUCGGCCGACAAGGGCGGCCAGGAGGCCAAGGGCUCCCAGGACCACGAGGACCACAAGGAGAGAAAGGAGAGAAGGGUCUGGGAGAAAUGGGAGAUAUAGGACCUCCAGGAGCACCAGGUGUCCCAGGCCCCCCGGGCUAUGGUAAAAUGGGACCCCCAGGUCCUGUUGGCCAGCAGGGUGUUCCUGGAAUCCCAGGCAGUCCUGGGCAGCCUGGUACAAAGGGACGUGAUGGACGCUGUAAUCCUGGAGACUGUAUGAGCCAUCAAGUAGAAUAUAGCCCCAAGGGCCCACCUGUCAAGGGCCCCUGGUAGAGUGUUCAAGAAGAGGGGCAGAGGGGACUAAAGCAAAGACAGUACAGACAAGACAUGAAGCCAAAAAGCAUGACCCAAAGUUAAUAAAUCUGACCACAAGAUUACAACUACUACUUUCCGUUGUAGUUGUAAGCAAAAAUCCACAAUUGCUUUCUGAGGGCUCCACUGAAAUGAGGCUUGCAAAGACGCACCAGCAGCUCGUUUCUAUUGCAUCAUUUUUUUUCACUCUGAAUGCCAAUUCAAUGCUAUAUUACUGCCUCUUAUUUUGGUUUCGCCUCUUUUUUCUGUUUCGUUCCUUUUGUGCAUUUUCAAACAACCCAGGGGAGGUGACAAGAAUCACAACCUGUAUUUUCUUCUCCUUGAUUAAUUCUGGCCUCUUCUAUUUUUUUUCAUUUUCUUUGCCGAACUCAGUAGGAAGACAAUACACACAAUUAUUGUAGCACUUUGCUUCCACCUCUCAUAUCUUUCUUCUUUUCACAGAGAAUCAUAUUCCGAGUGCGUCCCAUGCAUUUCUAAUAUUCUGUCUCAGUGCCUAUGGUGUGAUACAUAUUUGAAUUUGACUUGUAAGAGAAUAUCCAGAGAAAUAUAUUUCAGUUCUGUAGAAACAGAUGUCAAAAACUUGCAUUCAUACCCUCUUUGAUGGAUUGACUGUUUUGUAUAUAUUUAUAUUUAUAUAUAGUGGCUUUUUAUACUUUUUCAUCAGAUUUGAUAAAAAAGCGUACACAUGGUUAGCCACCUAUUUUUCAUUUUUAAUGGGUAUAAGACAGCAAAAAAUGCCACAGUAUUUUUCUAAGGUGUAUAAGCUUUAAAAAUGGAUUGACAUGUUUAGUAAUAAGUAAAAGACUUAUUUAUAGGAGAAAAUUGUGCUUACACAAGAAAGCAUAUUGGUUUUUGAAUUGAUUUUGCUAAAGUUAAUUUUGUGUCAUUUUAACUCCAGUCGUCUUGGAAAUGCAACCACUUUAAAGGAUCUCAUCUCAUUUUGUAUUUCAAAGUAGCUGUAAUAGCCAUGUCUCUGCUUUUACCAGGCACUCAUUUGAGAAAAUAUGAGCAAUAAUUCAGCCCAUUCACCACAGGUACUGUAAUGAAACACUGAGCAUGGCCACCUAGCCCUCACAAUCACAUAAAGCUUAAGAAAAUAUUGUGAAAGCAUCACAAACAGCUUUUUUAAUGUUACAUGUUACUGUAUUUUGUGGUUGUUAUGUGUUACUUUUUAUAUCUGAGAACCUUUGGCCUUUGUGAUGCAAGACUUUGAGUAGUUUAUAAUCAUCAGUUUAAACUUUGAGCAGUGGUCUAACUCAUGGGAAAUGUUCAACUUAAAAUUGAAUUAAAUUGCUUUCCAAAGAA